AUGGUUUUAUCUUGUCCACCGUACCAAAAGGUCCAAAACCCAAAGCCCCAGCCAGCCAUGCCGACCGGCGUGGCCACCCCCUUCCCCUACCCCAAACCCCCGCAAUCCCCUCGCCUCCUCCACCGCAGCCGCCACUGCUCCGGCCACCGCCUCCUCCUCGCCACCUCCUCCCCCUUCCGCCCAGAUUCCUCACCCCUCGCCUGCCCCAGGCGCAGGCGCAGCUCCGUCGCCGCCACCCAUGCCGCCUCCUCCUCUGACCCCGCCCUCUAUUCCUUCCCCUCCUCCCCGACCCCGCCUCCGCGCCCGCCCCCGGCCUCGGCCCCUCCGGAGUCCCCCUCCACCGUGGCCCGCGCCGGCCGCAGCAAGAAGAAGCCCGCCGGCGGCCGCAUCGAGGGCGGCGGCGACGUGCGGCGCGAGGCCAAGUCCCGGGCCAAGCGCCGCAGCCGCCGCCUCUCCGAGAACGCCUUCUACCGCCGGAAGCGCCGCGCUGCCUCGGGGCAGGCCGACGCCUUCACCGACGAGGAGCUCGAGAUGAUCGGCCUCGGCUACGACCGCUCCGUCCGCUUCAUGGACGGGCCGGACGACCCGCGCCUCCGCCACCCGCACGACUGGUACAGGUUCGGCGCCUUCGGGCCCUACUCCUGGCGCGGCAUCGUCGUGGGGCCACCCAUCCGCGGACGCUUCUCCGACGACCGCGUCUCCCUCAUGUCCGAGGUGGCCGACCACGACGAAUGGGACCGCAACGAGCAGUUCGAGAUGUCCAACCAAUUUUCCCACCGUCUCAACGAGCUCAAUGAUGCCGUAGGCUUCCGGUACUACUGGGUCUUCGUGCGGCACCCUAGGUGGCGCCCCGACGAGCCACCAUGGCAGCAGUGGACGCUCUCGGCCGAGGUCGCCGUCCAGGCCAGCAAGGACCAGCGGCUAGAUAAGUGGAGCCUCAUGGGCCGGUUUGGUAACGCGACACGCGAGCUAAUCACUCGCUGCGCGGCCUGGACGCGCCCCGACAUCCUAUACGUCAAGCGGCCGCUGUACCAGUCGAGGUUCGAGCCACAGGAGGAAUUCUUCAGCCGGCUCCGCCCGUUGGUUGAUCCCUCAACAGAGAACCAGUUUUUGUUUGACCUUGAGCAGGAUGGCAGGGUCAUUCAGACGACCUACUUUGGGGGUCUUUGCAGGAUUGUGAAGGCAAGCCCAAAGUCUUAUGUGGAUGAUGUUGUAAAUGCAUACUCGAAGCUGAGUGAGGCGGACAAGUCACGCUGUCUGGAGUUCUUGCUCACAAACCAUCCCAUGGAGCUACUCCACCCGUACACCAAGGAGUGGAAAGUGAAGCUAGAGGAGAUGGAGCUUGGGUGUGAUGCACCUGAUGAGAGUGACGAUGAGGGUGGUGAUGAGACUGGAAGUGAGGUCAUUGAUUGGGUUGAGGAUGAAGAGGUUGAUGUGAUUGAUGAUACUGAGGAUGAUGAUUAUGAGGAUGAGGAAGUGGUCGACGUUAGUGAAGAGGUGGAAGCAGAUGAAAUAAUAGAAAGUAGUGAGGAGAAUGAGGACUACUGGGACGAGCAAUGGGAUAAAGCGAUGAAAAGUUCUGAUAAAAUGGAGAAACUGGUCAAGACCAGGGUUGAGAAAUCAUAUGAGUAUAAUAAUCGACAAAUGCAACAGCAGAAAGAUAUGGAAUCGCAAAUGGGCACUUCAAACACAAUGAUUAUGCAGCAGGAGCAGGCCGAGGAGGAUGAGGUGAAGUUGGUACAUCAGGAAAGUGCAAGGAGCAGAAGUGCGCUGGUCAGAGUGAAGCGUGAGUCCCCUCCAGGGCUCUUCCUGAGGGCAGCCGUCCGGCCAUUCACUUACAGGAAUCUUGUCAAGGAAAUUGUUCUGAUGAGACACCAAAUUAUUGAUGGAGAGAUAGUUUAGCUUCAAAAUUUCAGCAACUGGAGAAUUGCAGAGACUGCGCAAACAAGGUUCUGAAGAAGCAUCUUCCUCGGUUAUUUACAAUGUUUAGCUGUAUUUAGAGCGUGUUGGUCUUCUUUGUAGUUCUGAACCUAGGGAAUACACAAGUCAUGUAAUUCUUCCCCUGCAAAAGUUUUUAAUGAAAUUUGAGAUUUGAAGCUCAUAUGUCUGAUAUAUUGAGUUCUCCCCAAUGAAGUUU